AUGUCAUGUGAUGCCAUUGUUGGGCAUCUCAAGGUGCACGUUUAUAAUAGUACAUCUUUGACUGCAGUGGAUGAUGCAUUCAACGAUGGCACCCACAAUGACCCUUCGACCCCAAACUCGACUCUGAACCAUGAUCGUGACCAAUCUCAGGCUCCCGAGGGAUGGGAUGACAGUUUGAAAUGGAUCAAGCUCGAACUUAUCAGACAAGUUGCCCAACUUGGGGGCAAGUGCACCUGGGAUAAAAACUUCUCUUGGAAGGGCAUGUCAAGCGCCCUUGCUGAUGCCAAUCUCUGUAUCAGAGGCUAUCCUGCUCACAAGUGUCUUUUGCCCGGCGAAGCUCACAAUGAAAACUCAAGGAACAAGGGCAUCGGAGCACUGAUGCAGAAGGAAAUUGCAGUGCUCGUAGAUGGGUUGAAGGCAGGAACUAUGCAAGUUGUCAAAGUUGACAAGGCACACCGAGCGGCUGUGAUGGCCUCUGAGAGGCCAGUCAUCACUGGCAUAGCACCACCACCUGAAUGGCCACAUGAUGGCGCUCGACGACUAUUUGCUAAUGGUGAUACUGACUAUCAUGGCCCAGCUCAUCUCCAGCCUAGCAGUGCAGCUACGAAGUUCUGCAAACCUACCAUACGAUUAGACCUACCUGCACCACUGCCCUCGCGCCUGUUCAAAGUUGUUGUACCACCAAACCCACGCCCGGUCAAAACUGUUCGAAAGCCAGAACCAGCUGCAGCAGAGAGCGAGGUUAUCGAACUGACUUCAACCGAGGAGAAUGCUGUCGAAGAGUCGGAUACUAAGUAUGAAGAAGCGCGCGGGAAAAAGAGGAAACUAAAGGCCACAAACAUGUCGCGUGCAUUGAAGAAGCUAGCUUCAUCCGAGGAGAAGACUGAUGCUUCAAAAGCGGGGAAGAAAGGGACACGGGCUCAGACAAAAUCACCCAAAGUACCUCCCAUGCUGACCUCAACAACCUCUCUGACAAAGGGUGGUCCUCUGUCCCCAUUGACAGUGGGGUCAUCGAGUGUGGCGGCAUCACCAGAACCUGGAACUGUGGUGCCAGCGCGACUUCGGGAUGGACCAUCUAAUGAGCGGACCAAGGUCAAACCACGCCCAAUCACCAAGGCAUCCAAAGGCAAAAUGAAGCGUAUUCUUUGCAUGGCCUACAGCCAGUCGGAUGAAUCUGAAGUUGAUGAGGGCAAGAAGAUGGACGUUAUGGUUGCCGAGAGUGCCGUCUCCCCUGGUUUAGUCAAUGUCCCCGCAGAAUCUUUACAGGAAGGCUCACCUAAGGUAAUGCAUGAUGACAGGCCAGCAGGAACCCAGCAGGAACUGCCUCAGAUCACCAAACCCAUCGAGGAUCUUCACGAUGCUGUUCGUGACUCUCGUGACCCCCAUGACCCCCAUGACCCUCCACACGACCUACAUCAAGUUCAUCACAAGCUCCCCAUACGUCAUGAUCCUCAUGAGGGUGUCCAGCAAGACCUUCGCAAGGGUAACCCUCCAUGCCACCCACAGGAACCUCAUCGGGAGGUCACUCCUAACCCUCGCGACGACCCUCGUGAGGGUGGCCCUCCUCCACGCCACCCACAGGAACCUCAUCAGGAGGUCACUCCUAACCCUCGCGACGACCUUCGUGAGGGUGGCCCUCUUCGCAACUCCCACGAGCCUCGUCAUGACCCUCGCAAUGCCUUACAUGACACUCGUCAACCUCUUCGCGGUCAUUCUCGUGAGCCAUGGUACAUGCAUGACGCCAUGCACCAUCAUGAAGUUCAUCUGCGUGAAGAAAGUCCUAUGAUUGAGCAUGAUACUCUCCACUCCUGUGAUGUCUUCUACCACCGCGACUCUCACAAUCACCGCUAUGCCAGUUUGCAACCUCGUGACUAUUAUGGACCCAAUGAGCCUUGCACUGACAGCGAGUUCACCAUGCAGGAUACUUCCCCGGCCUUAGAGUCCCAUUAUACUCACGGUGAGCAUGAACGUGCAUACCCAAGCCGAUACAGCCCAGUGCUCAGUCCUGACUAUGCUCAUGAAAGUCGAUAUGCUCGACGCAAUGGCCUUGACAAGCGCCAGGCAUUUGGUGGAGGAGCAUACCGUGACAGUAGGUACCCUCAAGGUAGAGCUCAUAACCAGGAUUCCAGAUGGACGGACAAUGUCCGUAAUGUUGCAUCUUCAUCUUUGGACUACGUUCGUCGUGAUGCUGUCCCGCGAGCAUUUAAUCGAGAUCCCACUAACCCUCCGCAUCCUCCUUCAUCUUAA